AUGGAUUUCAACAAGGUGCAAGCCCAAGUGCAAAACGCAUUUUCUACGAUUGACUCUCUGCCUCGCUCCUACAUCGUCCUGGGUGGCGUUGGGUUCUACUUGCUGCUGGUGUUCCUGAACUUUGGCGGAAUCGGCCAAUUGCUUUCCAACUUUGCCGGCUUCGCGUAUCCGGGCUACUUGUCUCUCAAAGCACUCAAGACCUCCAGCUCCAAGGAUGACACCAGACUGCUGACGUACUGGGUUGUGUUUGCUGCCUUGAACGUUGUGGAGUUCUGGUCCAAGGCCAUUCUGUACUGGGUGCCAUCUUACUUUCUGAUCAAGACCUUCUUCCUGCUGUACCUGUCGCUUCCUCAGUAUAACGGUGCAGAGGUUAUUUAUCACAGGGUGAUCGCUCCUUUGACCGACCGCUAUGUCGACGCGGGUGCUCCUGCGAACGACCUCUUGAACAAGGUCCAGGAGAAGACCCAGUAA